AUGAACUCUCCUUCUGGUCAGCAACAGCAGCAGCUGCCUUCUUUUCGUUCAUUCAUCCAACAAACCACUCGAUUAAAUUCAUCAUCACCUACGACCGAUAUUCAUCCUUCACCAUCGACGACUUUACACAAUUAUCGUGAGUCACCCUUUCAUCAUGGCAAUGACAGCAACUAUAUGAACAGUCAACAAUCGCAUUCAAUGAUGAUUACGAACGAGUUGCAUACGGAACAACAACCAUCAGGCAACAAAAAUCGGUGGUCAAGUCAUCACACCUCCUACCAAAACGGAAAUUCUAACACAACCAUAAAUUGUUUGUCAGAUUACCAUACACUCCAAAACGAUCAUUCAAGACCCUAUUCAUACCCAGCGCUACGUGUUCAUAACCAGAACAGUCACUUGGAGACUGGUUCUAUAACAACCACAGCACAUCGUCAUGACGUUCAUAUCCAUGUAAUGCAACAAGGCCCAUUGGAUGACAACGCAAUGGUUGAUGAUGAAGCUCCACGUCGUGAUCACCAGCAUCCUCAUCAUCAUCAUGAACGGCCUCAUGACAACGAGCAUCAUCGCAUUGGGGUUCCGUUCAACAGAAACCGAAGUGGAGGCAUGCUUUCCCACACAACACCACCACCACCAUUAUUGGCCACACAAAAUUCGUUCGGUUAUCAAGGAGUAGUAGUAGUAGUAGAUCAGAAUGAUCAUCAUCGUCAUAUGAACCUCCAUCCGAUGAUGGAUACUAUUAGCUCUCAUCAUGCAAGCACACCUGUUCUUGUUGCAGACCAUCCGCAUCAUCAUCAUCAAUAUCCAUCAAAUCAAAACAUCGAUGCUCGUAAUAAUAAUAAUAACAACAACAAUAAUGGAAAGACCACUAGCAACACUCGUGCCAAACAACCACAAUACCAAGCACACAGAAGAGCAGUCAUCAUGCCUGGAGGAUCCCUCAAUUAUCCUCCUCAUCAUGAUACCACCAGUUCCGAGCAGCAGAACGAAGAACCACCAGCAAGCUUUAUCAUGAUGCAACUCUCGGAGCACCAUAAGCCCCACCCCCAUCCUCCUCAUCAUCAAUAUCUAUCCUCGGUCCAACCCACCUCAUCAUCGACCCACCACCAUCAUCAUCAUUACAGUAAUUUUUACAGUCCGCAUGCUCAUCAUCUUCCUCAACCUCUCAAUAGCACCACUGCACAAGGUGUACCACAAGGCUUAACACCCUCUUCCAAUGAUGGAACCAUGGUUGUGCACCAAAUGAACGCCAAUUACUCCUCGUCGUCUCAUCACCCGAUCAUCAACUUGGCAAUUUUGAAUGCCUCGUCCUCCUCCUCUUCAGGAAUGACACCUCCACCAGUUCCACCAAGAAAACCACUGUAUCGAAACAAUCAUCAUGGCGCCAUGAUGACAGAACCUUCUUCAACGAGUGGUGGAUCAUUAUUGAAUGCAACACCACCAACCACAACGAACAGUUCUACCAGUAUGAAUUCUAUGCCUUCCAAUCAAGUGAAAUCAUUCUCCAAUUUUCAACCCAAACCACCCAAGAAAAGUCCUAAAGUGAUCUCAAGACAGUGUGAAAAUCCAAAAUGCAAUACCACAGAUACUCCAUUGUGGAGAAAGGGAUUUGCCGUAGAGGGAGGAAGACGUGCCAAUCUUUGCAAUGCCUGUGGCUUACACUAUCGAAAAGGUCACUUUUGCAAAUUUUGUAAUGAGAUUUACAGAGAUUCCAGCGAGCUUGUGAAUGCUCCAGAACCAUGGGUGACUUGUCCAAAAUGUGAGCGAUGGGUUCACAAGAAGUGUCUCUUUGCUGUCCUUCCAAACAUUGAAAAACAAUUCAUGAUUUUGAAUCGUGUCAUUUGUGAUGAAUGUAUGAAUAUGAAUGGAUCAUCCACAACAAAUACACCUACAACGAUCACUUCUACUACUUCAAAGACAACGAUCACUACUCCAGCCAUGUCGACAACGAAUGUAUUGAUGAGCUCAUCCAUAACUGCUGCUACUAGUGCAGAUGAUGAUGAUAAUGACACUCCAACAACUGCUACAUCGAGUCCACACUUGUCCUCACCACAAAAAACACCAACACUGAUUGUGGACGAUCAAUCUUCUUCUUCUCACAAUGGCCCAACCACCCCUGUGAGUUCAAAAUUCAACAACAAUCAGUCACCACCAUCUCAUGGCAUCCACAACCAUUCAACGAGUCCUUUGAUGAAUCAUGUGGUGAUUAAUCCAACGAGUACAAGCACUGCCUUUGCUGCUCAUUCUGGUUAUGACAGUAAUGGUGGUGGUGUUGGUCGAAAUAACAACAACAACACCACAGUGACAACGACCAUGAUGGUUGGCCGACCUCAAUCCUUCCAACAUCCAACAACACCCAUUCGUGUUGCUCAAAGACCUUUCACAGUGAGUGCUGGUAGUGAAAAUGUGGUUUCACUUUUGAAGAGACACAAUGAAAGUGGAGGAACGUUUUUGAAGGAUGCAAAUAUGAAUGCAAAUAUCACUAAACAUGAGCCAUUAGCUUUACCUUCGAUUCAAAACAUACUAAAUAAAUCAAAUUUCUGA